CGCGCCCGAGAGCGCAGCCGCCAUUUUGGAGCGACCGGAGCGCCGCUCGCGGCCCCAGCCGGUCCCCAGGCGCCGGCCGGCCCGCGCGGUGUUCGUGGGCGCCGAGUCAGUAGGCGCCGCGCCCGGCCGGGCCCAUGUGCGUGCGGCCCGCCCCAGGGCUUCGCCUCCGCCAGCGCCCUGGCCUCCACCCGGGCCUCCGAGGAGCCGCCGCGACGCCCGGCCCACGGGGCAGGUGAAGAGAUUAUAAAUCUACUGAAUGACAAUUUUUUUCUUAAAGUUGCAUAUACUCCAAGAAAAAACGCCAAAUGUUUUCAUAUUUUGCCUGAAUAUAAAAUUUAAGUAAGAAGUUUCCACAGAAGGGUGAUGGUAAAACCGACAGAGGUUCUCAAGUGCUGGUCUGUAACAUUGGCGAGAUGAACAAAAUAGGCGUAAUGAGCUCGGUGGCCGUCACCAUGUUCUGGAAGUUCGACCUGAACACCACAUCGCACGUCGACAAGCUGCUGGAUAAGGAGGACGUGACGCUGCGGGAGCUGAUGGACGAGGAUGACAUUUUGCAGGAGUGCAAAGCUCAGAACCGGAAGCUGCUGGACUUCCUGUGCCAGCCUCAGUGCAUGGAGGAGCUGGUGAGCCUCGUCACCCAGGAGCCGCCCCUGGACAUGGAGGAGAAGGUCCGCUUCAAGUACCCGAACACGGCCUGCGAGCUGCUGACGUGCGACGUGCCGCAGAUCAACGACCGUCUGGGGGACGACGAGGCUCUGCUGGACCUGCUCUACGACUUCCUGGGCCGGGAGCCACCGCUCAACCCCCUGCUCGCCAGCUUUUUCAGCAAGACCAUCGGCAAUCUCAUUGCAAGGAAGACGGAGCAGGUGGUCGUGUUCCUGAAGAAGAAAGACAGGUUCAUCAGCCUGGUCCUGAAGCACAUCGGCACCUCGGCCCUCAUGGACCUGCUGCUUCGCCUGGUCAGCUGCGUGGAGCCAGCCGGGCUCAGGCAGGAAGUGCUGCGGUGGCUGAACGAGGAGAAGACCAUCCAGAGGCUGGUGGAGCUGAUCCAUCCGGGGGAGGACGAAGAUAGGCAGUCCAACGCUUCCCAGACGCUCUGUGACAUCGUCCGGCUGGGCAGGGAGCAAGUCGGCCAGCUGCCCGAGGCCCCGGAGCCGGACCCCCUCCUCGCAGUGCUGGAGUCGCAGGACUGUGUGGAGCAGCUCCUGAGCAACAUGUUCGACGGAGACCAGACCGAGAGCUGCCUCGUCAGCGGGACGCAGGUGUUGCUGGCCUUGCUGGAAGUGCGGCGGGCCGGGACAGAGGGCCUGGUGGACUCCUUUUCUCAGGGACUGGAGAGGCUGUGCCCCGUCAGCGACAGUGUCCUGCGCGGCAUCGAGCCACGGCUGAAGGACUUCCACCAGCUGCUGCUCCACCCACCAAAGAAAGAAGCGGUCCUGACCACCAUCGGCGUGCUGGAGGAGCCCCUGGGGAACGCACGUCUGCACGGCGCCCGCCUCAUGGCCGCCCUGCUGCACACGAACACGCCCAGCAUCAACCAGGAGCUCUGCCGGCUCGACACCAUGGGCUUACUGCUGGACCUGUUCUUCAAGUACACCUGGAAUAACUUCCUGCACUUCCAAGUGGAGCUGUGCAUAGCCGCCAUCCUCUCCCACGCCGUCCGGGAGGACAGGGCGGAAGCCUGUGAGCCCGAGGGCAGGGCGGAGCCUCCGCCUGGGAACGGGGGCUCCGAGGCCCCCCAGGCUGCUGCCGGCCCCCCCGAGAACACGAUGGUGACCCACCUGUUCCAGAAGUGCUGCCUGGUCCAAAGGAUCCUGGAGGCCUGGGAGGCCAACGACCACACACAGGCAGCCGGUGGCAUGAGGCGCGGGAACAUGGGCCACCUCACCCGGAUCGCCAAUGCGGUGGUGCGGAACCUGGAGAGGGGCCCCAUGCAGACCCCAGUCAGCGAGGUCAUCCGAGGACUCCCUGCAGAUUGCCGCGGGCGCUGGGAGAGCUUCGUGGAGGAGACGCUGACAGAGACCAACCGCAGAAACGCCGUGGACCUGGUGAGCACCCACCACCUCCACCCCUCGAGUGAAGACGAGGACAUGGAGGGCGUGUUCCCCAACGAGCUGUCCCUUCAGCAGGCGUUCUCCGAGUACCAGGUGCAGCAGAUGACGGCCGCCUUCGUGGACCAGUUCGGCUUCAACGACGAGGAGUUCGCAGACCAGGACGACAGUGUCAACGCUCCGUUCGACCGGAUUGCAGAGAUCAACUUCAGCAUCGACGCCGACGAGGACAGCCCCAGCGCGGCUCUGUUUGAGGCCUGCUGCAGCGACCACAUCCAGCCCUUUGACGACGACGAGGACGACGACAUCUGGGAGGACAAGGAGACUCAUUGUGCCGCCCGGGUCACGGCCAGAGCCAGGUUUGGGGGCCCCCCUGCCUCCGAGAGCUGCCCGGAGAACAGCCCGGCCCGGGGAGGCCAGGACCGGAAGGAUGCUGAUGGGGAUGUGGCUCGGGCGGGGGCUCCUCCGGCCGCUGCCCAGGACGGUCCCCGCACAGAGGGUGGCUCAGAAGGCUCCACGUGGACAGCAUUUGAUGAGCCAGUGAGCCCGACUGCUCCAGCCCCAGGAGUAGCAAUGGAUGUGGGUUCCAGUGUGUGGGCAGCCAGCGCCCGCAGCGCCUCGGCUCUGGAGGAGAAAGGCUGGGCCAAGUUCACUGACUUCCAGCCUUUCUGCUGCUCCGAGUCGGGGCCCGGGUGCAGCUCCCCGGUGGGCACAGGACGUGGCGAUGCCCAGGGUGGCCUGAGCCAGGGCCUGGAGAGAGCCCCCGACCCUGCUGCCCCAUGCACCUGGAGUGUGUGUGUCUCCAGGGACGCCCCUCUGGUGGCCCCGGACAGCAACAAGGACGAGCAGAAGGUGGCUGUUGCCUCGCAGGCUGUCAGCAUGGGUCCCGGUCGGGAGGCCCCCCCAGUGCCUGCAUCAGCUCCCAGGGCCACCAGCACGCUGCCAGGCCCCACCUCCCCUGCACCUGCUGAAGCCACCUCUGCCCUGGCUGGGGCUGUGCCCCCUGCGGCAGCCACCGCAACAGUCCCCCCUGGGCCCGUGGUGGCUGUCACCACUGCAGCCACAGCCGGCCCAGCCGUCUCUACAGUGGCUGUUCUGGGGACAGUGACAAAGGACAGGAAGGUGGACGUGCCACCACCCACAGGAGCCACCUCCAACGGCCCCGUGUGACGCUGCCACGCAGCCACGGCGCCCUUAAUCAGAACCUACCUGGUGAUGCAAUUUGUCUUUUUAAUUUAAUUUAAUUUUAAAAUAAAUGCUGCAUUGGUAAAGCUGGCAGUGGGACCCAGUUGGACGGCCCAGCUUGCGUCACUCCUGCCUGCCAGACCCCACGCACAGCAAUAAGGCUUCAGGCGUGCGCUCUGCCCGCCGGGGCCGGGGCCGUGGCCCUGAGGUGCCACGAGGACCGAGGGCGUGCCGGGUGGACGCCACGGGCUGCCGGUCGGUUUUUACUUUUAACCAACGCAGGAAGAGCCGUGUUUGCACUUUGUACCCAGCUGCGGUGAAGGGGUCCCCUGUCUCGGGACGAAUGUUUGUCCAGAGCUGCCCAGUGGCCGUGGGAGCUGGCCUUGGAGCCAGGAUGCAAAAUCUGACUGCCUUAAAAACACCUCUCGGCCUGGCGGGGGUGUGCCAGCCCCAGCGCUCUGGGGUGGGGCACUCGGGCACCCGGCAGGAGCUGGCCGCAGGCGUGCGGGGUGGAGGUUGGCCGCAGCCGUGCUGGCGGGGGGGCUGCACCUAUCCAGGGCAGGGCCACCACCCCGGCAGGCCUGCAGGGUUGUGUGAUGUUCGUUUCCAGCAUUCUGAUCUGACAGGGCACCUGAAACCCCAGCUCUCAAUAAAGCUGUGUUAUUCUUACUGACAA